UGAGGGUGGCUGACGACCCCCCUUGCAAAGCCACAAUUGCGGCUUGGUAGUGAUUGAUUACACUAACAAUCGCCGCUCCGGCGGGCACCGGCCCGGCCAGGAUCCACUUUCCAAUUGAGCCUCCGGCCAAGCGUCGUCAGAUCUUUGCACAAGGCCCGCUCGAUCCGAUGACCUCAGAGCUUCCCAGGCACGACCACACCAACCGAGGCACAACCCCAGACAAGCAUCACGGCCACCAGCCAGCCAGCCAGCUUACCCACACGACUCGACCCAUGGCGCGCUCCCGCUGAACGACAAAGCUCCAUUGACAGCUCUCCAAACACCUGUUGCAACACACGACAGCGCAACGCCUUUACCGCUGGCCGGCAGAAGAAAGUAGUCCACCGGGCCAUGAUCACCUCCCGCUCCGUCCCCACGGGGCUGGCGCGCAGCGCCCUGCGUAGCCUUGGCCAGCCCAUCACCACCCCGUGCCAGCAAUGCCGGACCUUUUUGCGCCCGGCGCGCCACUCGGGCAGCCGUGCCUACGAGACCAUCAACCUCAACCGCAUGCGCACCCAGCAUCACGACUACCACCGCAACCGGCGGGCAGUGCUCCUCGGCGGCGCCCUUGCCGGCUCCAUCGCGACGUGCUACACCGCAUACCGGCUGGUCGACGCCGUGCGGAACCCGACGCAGUUCGACGCGCCCGCCUCCGGCCCUGACAAGGUCGACCCGUUCGUCACAGAAGGCGGGGUGAAGCGCAAGACGGUCAUCCACGACGACGAGGGCCGCGAGCUGGUGCCCACGGGCAACAGCACCAUCACGACCUUCCCGCGCACGCUGGACCUGCACCUCGGCGCGCAGGCCGCCCAGGAGAAGGUCAACGGCGUCGAGUACACCCUCGUCGGGCUGGGCGUGCGCACCGUCAGCUUCCUCGGCAUCCAGGUCUACAUGGUGGGGUACUACCUGGCGACGCAGGACAUUGCGGCGAUCCAGGCCCGGCUGGUCAAGGAGAUCAACCCGAUCGCGACGACGCUGGUGGCCAACGAGAAGGAGGAGCUGCGCAAGGCCCUGCUCGACCCCGUGCAAGGGGAGAAGCUGUGGACCGAGAUCCUCCGCGAGGUCCGGCCGCGCUCGGCGUUCCGCAUCGUGCCGAUCCGCGACACCGACUUCCACCACCUGCGCGACGCGUUCGUCCGGGCCGUCCAGGCGCGGAGCACCGGCAGGCCGGCCGAGUUUGGGGACGACGAGUUCGGCACCGCGAUGAGGGACUUCCGCGCCGUCUUCAACCGCGGCAAGUUCCCCAAGAAGCAGGAGCUGCUGAUGGUCCGGGACAACAGCGGCCACCUGACGGUCACGCACGACACCUCGGGCACCGGCGCGGCCAGGGAGACGAUUGGGCAGAUCCCCGAGGAGCGCAUCACCCGCUUGCUUUGGAUGAACUGGCUGGCCGGCAGCAAGGUCGCGUCCGAGCCCGCACGGCAGAACAUUGUCGAGGGCAUCAUGGAGUUUGUGGAGCGGCCGGUCGGCACUGUGGCGACGCAGGUUGUAUGAUUAUGAAACGUCGCUAGGCACCGGACUCGGCCACUAAAGAGUGAGAGCAACCCAUCCUGUAUUAUAUCUAAAAGUAACACGCUCCACAUGUCGAAUUACUGGCGGUAUCGAGUUCCUGUACCACAAUACUCAGCUCUGAUGGUUGUGGUGAUCUUCGAGAUCAUGAACGACAGGUCAUCUUGAUGUUCAACUCAACCUCCCGAAAAGUGCCAAGAGCUCUGCGGCUAGUGAUGUCUUGUGUUCUUCAAGCCACACCGGUGAGGCGAAACUAUGUGAAGUGGAAAAUAGGGAAGGCUUUGAGCCACGGAAGAAAUCCCUGAUUUAAUCAAUGACUGUUCUUUCAC